AUGGAAGAGAAUCUUCGAGAAUCUCGGGGUCUCAAGCGUUUCACACCUUCGCUUUCUUCUUCCUCCUCCUCUUUUUCUUCUUCUUCUUCUUCUUCUUCCUCCUCUUCUUCCUCCUCUUCUUCCUCCUCUCCUUCCUCCUCUUCUUCUUCCUCCUCCUCUUCUUCUUCCCCCUCCUCUUCUUCCCCCUCCUCUUCUUCCCCCUCUUCUUCUUCCUCCUCCUCUUCUUCCACCUCCUCUUCCUCCUCCUCUUCUUCCUCCUCCUCCUCUUCUUCCUCCUCCUCUUCUUCCUCCUCCUCCUCUUCUUCCUCGUCCUCUUCUUCCUCGUCCUCUUCUUCCUCCUCCUCUUCUUCCUCCUCCUCUUCUUCCUCCUCUUCUUCUUCCUCCUCCUCUUCUUCCUCCUCUUCUUCUUCCGCCUCCUCUUCCUCCUCCUCCUCUUCUCCUUCCUCCUCUUCUUCUUCCUCCUCCUCUUCUUCCUCCUCUUCUUCUUCCUCUUCUUCUUCCUCCUCUUCUUCUUCCUCUUCUUCUUCCUCAUCUUCUUCUUCCUCUUCUUCUUCCUCUCCUUCUUCCUCUCCUUCUUCCUCUCCUUCUUUCUCGUCUUCUUCUUCCUCUUCUUCUUUUUACUCCUCUUCUUCUUCCUCUUCUUCUUCCUCCUCCUCUUCUUCUUCCUCUUUUUCUUCCUCCUCUUCUUCUUCCUCUUCUUCUUCCUCCUCUUCU